ACAACUAAAGAAAUGGGAACGCGUCAACGGCUUUUUCUCGCGAUCAGCUGCGUGGGACUCUUCGCUGGUUGCUGCUCAGCCGCUCAGCAGUCCGGCAACGAGCGAUUGUCUGUCCCUGAUAUGAGCCAGUUGAAUGAGAUUGGUGCUCAGUACUUGCCCGGAGGCUAUGCCAAGUCCAACUUCACACUCGAUGAUGCCAAGCGUCUGGUGCUUCAGAAGUGCCGCAAGGCCCAUGAAGGCGGCGACGGCUCGCAGCGCGCCGCUGGAGACUUCAACGAGACGGCAACAACGGUGCGCCUUGAGACCGCUGUUCACCGGCUAAUGGACUGCGCCAAAGAUCUGGUCAACGUCACCAAGCUGCUUGAGGAGAUAGAGGAGGCGAAGCCGCGCGGAGAUCUCGACGAGGUCUUCGAGAAAUAUUGCGCCAACCUGCCGCGCGCCAAGAGCUGUGUGCACGACUUCAACGAUGCCUUGUUGCCGUGCAUGACCAGCGCGGAGCGUGCUCAGAACACGGUCAUGGUUAGUAUUGUGGACCAGCUGCUCAACUUUAUCUGCAUGAAGAACGGAGAUCACAUUGCUCUGUUCAUAGCCGAGGCGGGGCCCGAGUGUCUGAUGCAGAACAAGGAGCACAUUGGCCAGUGCAUCAACAGCACAUACGCCGGCUAUAUGCCCAAGGAGCUGUCUGCGGCUGUGGAGCUGCCCGAGCUGCUGCUCGGCCCGCGCCAAUGCCUCGAUCUGCGCGACCUGGAGAGGUGUGUGGUGCGCCAUGUGGAGCAAUGCAGCAACAUAACGCCGGCGAACAUUGUCGAGUCCAUAUUCCGGUUUGUGCUCAAGCAGUCCAAAUGCCAGGCGGAGAUCGACAAGACGCUGCAACCCCAGAAGUUGCAGGCCGACUCCUCAAAGGCUGCGGCCUUGCCAUGGGGCGGCGUAAAAGUGAUGCUGGCGGCAUCUCUGCUCCUCCCAAUGCUCCUUUCAACAUAACCGGCUGAUUCUGUUGGCCGGAACUUAAGGCAUAUUCGAAACACUCAGGAAGUCGGACCAAGAGGGAGAGAGUCUUUGUGUGUGUGCGCGACUUGGAAUGCUCUUGUUAUUCCAAAAAAACAUUUCCUUAUAAAUAUACUUUUUUUUUUUUUUCAAGAAAAACUAAUACUAUAUACAUAUGUCUCUUGUGAAGAGCGACUUUAUGGACACAUAUAAGCCAUUCAUGUUAUCAAUAAAAUACUUUCAAACGAAUUUA